UCUAGGCCGUUCCAGCUUUGCUCGAAGAGAACCACCACGAGCGAGGCUCAACACGUUGCCUUGUAAGAAAUUGUAUCUUCCUUUUCUUUAGUUUUCGUUUUCGAGAGAAGAAAAGAUGAGAGUUUUUGCAGGAGGUCGUCAGUGAAAAAAGGUGUCGAAAAACAGUGGUCAGUGGAAAACAAAGACGCCGAAGAGGUAUGUGCUUCUUCAAAGAUUCAAAAGAUAAGAAAAAAACAGGCAGUAGACGCCCAGUUUCAAAAAAAAAACGAAAACCUCAAUAUAGUAGCGAAGUUUGCAUUAGGCAAAACAAUGCGAUGUAUGGUUACAAGUACAACUGUUGACGUAAACGUGAAGUAAGACCCAAAAUCCGGAUCAUCUCAAAUAACUACAGAAUGGCUGCAUAAGCCUCAUUCAUUUCAAAGAUUUCAAAGAAAAAACAUCAUGUCCUCUGACGCAAGAUUGCCACCUCUGGGUGGCGUUCUCGGCAACGAUUUCGGCACCAGUCCAACCGGCGCCACGCCAACCUCCUAUGCACAGGCCCCCGCUGCUAGUCAGGGGGCCCUUGACUCUUUUUACGGUUACAACACUGCGAGUCGGAGCAAUAAUACGUCGCCGAUUCUGACCGGGCCAGGUGUGGAGAGAUACAGCAUUUCAACGCAACAUGAUGUCCAGCAAUUCAACAACGUCGGGACUUCGGAAAGUGUCGCGGGUAGUAUGCCCACUGGCACAGCUCCGGGAACCACACAAAGCUUAUUGGGUGCGCCUCAGCGAAGGGCGUCUGCUUCGUCCGCCAGCAGUCCGUACAUGAGCGCACCGGGAACUGCCCAGAACUUACUUGCAGCACCUCCUCCUGGUGGGAGCAGCGGUCCUAGCGCAUCGCAACAGCAGCAAGCAGCUUCAUCUGCAACAGCAAACACAAGUGCCAAGAACAUAGGUGGAAGAAGCGUUGGAGGAACUUCAUCCAGCACACAACCAAAUUUAGUGGUCCCUACUACACCAGAGCCAGCUGUAGCAACGCGGCCUUCAACCAUGACAACCCUAGGGGAAAGGUUUAGUCAAUUGUUUGGCGGUUAUGGUGCUGGGGGAGCUGGGUAUGCAGCUUCAUCGCCCUCUGUAGCUGAGGAACUGCCAACCGAUCCGAAUGUAAUCCAAGCUGCGGAGUCAUCAUCAAGGAACGCAGAACCAUUAGAGUUGAGGAUCCUGGCAGUUGCGGGCUUCGAUAGCAAACAAGGACUUCUGGGUCAUGCGAAAUACCGAGUCGCAGCAUACGGAAUACCGAAUGUAGUUAGUAGAAUUCAUCCAUGUUUGUGUAGUGAUGAUCAACAUUUUUUUUUGAUUUUUUGAUUUUGACCGAGUGUCUUCAGAACGCCUAUCCUAGUAUGUGCCCUAGUCUUCUUCACCCCAUUCAUUCUAUAGGAGGGCAAGACGGAUCCAGUCUUUCUUUCUUCGACACAAGCGAAGCCUGGGGAUGAUUUGACGUUUUUCGGCGAUACUUUAGAUGUCACUGGAGGCUUUCGGACUCUCAUCGUCAAAUUCGAAGAAGAAGGGUUUUUUGGAGCAUACAAUGCAACUGCAGAGACACUUAUGAGCGGAAAUCCUGAUGUUGCAACUAAAUAGGGAUAGUAGUUCUAGUUCAUCGUAAGUCAACCCUUCAUCUGACUUUGAUACAGCUUGAAGUUCUGGUUAUUGAAAUUCUCAGAGUCGGCAGACAAACAUAGUUGCAGAUACUUACAUCAAGAACUCUAGUAGCAGAAGAAGCGAUCGCGAUCGUGCUCAGAUGAAUAAUGCAGCUCUAAUUCUCGCUUAGCGAUGUCCGACGUGACUCUUGGCGUCGCGAGGACAGAGACAAUGGUCGACGCGGAAUUGCUAAAGGACACUCAAGGCGAGCCACAACCCGGAAAGAGUGGCAUUCAGAUUCGGUUCGUUGUACAAAACAAGCCAACAGGAACGCAAGGAGAGCCUGGACUUGCAGGCAAAAGUGUUGUAAGUAUUGACUCCACAGUCGUAAAAGUUAAUACAGUGUUGGGCUAGACUUUCUCUCGAAGUUCAAGCGUUUUUGAAAAUUGUCAAUACAUACAUCACCACCCUCGACAAGACGAGCUCUUUCAUCCCUCUACUCAUCAUCUCACAGGACUUGCACUAUAACAAACAGGCGCCCUUCCAACUAUCGAGAGCACCAUCUUGGCGCCAGCCAGUCCUUUGGUUCCGAUUCUAGACGUGCAAAGUAUAGAAGACAUCCCCGAUCUGUUGCCCAACACCCCACCGGAUCGAACGAAAGCCAUUGACGUCCGAGUUUUGGAUUUAUGAAAUGAAAACGUUUGCUUUGGUGUUGGCCUACAAACACAACUUUGCUGACCUUCAUGCUCGUGCUUAACUUAUCAUUAAUAUCUCUUCCUUCUACAAAGGGUAAUUAUGGCGUGAGUCUUCUGUUCGUUGCGCAUCUUAAUACGUACUACCACUACCGCCUAAUCAUCUCUAACAAAAAGCGCCACCAACAGUGUUGUGGAAAAGAUUGGACCAUUCGCGACUUCACCCAGUGGUCCUUCGAGUCUCAGUCUUAGGCGUGCUGACAUCAAAACCCGUCUCGCUUUGCGCAGGGUGGGUUUAAAAGUGGACUCGACAGGAGGAGGGCCCUUCGUGAGUCUUCGCCUGCAGAUCGUGUACUAAGGUCAUUUUUUUACCUAGCUCUUUGCGUGCUUUUUCUGUACAGCGGAAGCUUCCACUUUCAUGCUCUUGCUCAAUUUCAAUAGUUGCCGCCGCCUGCUGCCGGUUUGCGAACUGGAUCAAGCUCGGAGAUUCUUUCAAUCUGCCCUAGGUUACAAAAAAAAGUUGACAAUACAUGAUCUCCAAAUUCAAAUCCCUUCGCUGUAUGUUGCACUGUCACUCAACUCCCACUUCGUAGGUAUCUUGACUUCGCAUCCGGCACAGGCGCAGAGAGCAUAGUCGGCGUAUCAGACGAGUUUCAGGUUAGCAAAGUAUCCGAGUCGCACGCGCUGAAGCUGAUCGGUGGUCGCGGCUCGAUUUCACUCUAUACAUUAUGAAGAAAGCCUCUUGUUCCUCUUCGGAUACAACUCAGCAUGGGGCUAACCUUAGCUCUUGUCUUAGCUCCUAAUAAAUUAUGAUCAUGUAUCAGCUACCUAAAAAUGAAAUUGUGAUAGUCGCCGGUCAUGCCUUUGAACUACUACCUACCUCUAAGAAUUGUCAUGUCCUCCGCAGGUGAGACGAGUUCUGCCACUCCUGGUGUAGAUACGACACUUCUCCCUACAAAUCUGACGACCAUGGCACCAGCCGCAGGAGCAACAGCGGCAUCUGCGGUAGGAAUGAUGGGUCAGGGAGGGAUCUGCAUGGUUGGUCAAGGAGCUCCAAGAAAACAAGCUCCAGCAAACAUCACUCGGGAACAUACGAUGUUGCUUGCAGCUACUGGACAGGAGAGAGCACUACAGAAAGCAAUUGAAGGCAGAAAGAAGAUAGGUACAACUCUGAUUUUUAUAAAUAUGUUGUAGAGUACAUUUAUUAGAUCAAGGAAAUAUAGAUUUAGGAAAAGGAACAAGAGGCCGAUGAUCAUGUACAUAAUAUUAGAUUUCUCAUUGUGACAUUAGCACAAUCCCUUCAGAUCUCAGCAACCUUGACGAGGAUGCUGGAGGGUAUUUCCGCACGUGGGGAUCUCUGGAUGAUUUGUUUGGGUCCUUGGGUGUCCAUCCUAUGACGCAGAGUGAGGUCUACACGCAUCUGGUCGUCCGCAGUCAGCCAACUGAGAUAUCAGGCUUAUGAAGAGGAUUGGGAUUUGUCAUGUCGACGUGCUGGUACAUCGAAAUCUACAUGUAGCAGAAUAUAUAGCUGCGGUAGGCAGACCGGCUGAUCUUCUGUACAGUAGUUUUUACUCGUUUUACCUUGGAGACCUUCAAUUUCGUUUUUUGAAUUCCUCACUCUCUUACUUCUUCUUUCUAAGCCACGUUUCCCACGAGACCCGUGUCCAUGUAGGCAACAUCCGUCUCGGGCUGUCAGUCCAACGUGGUGUUGAUUGGGAAUACGGCGAUCAGGAUACAAAAGCGCCUCCCGCAGCAGCUACAAACCUCCAGAGCAGUGCUUCUGCUAGUAGAUUACGGCUGAAAGUGAAGUUGGAACUACAACUAAUGUUCUACUACAUCAAGACUCUCGAGGAUUUCGAAACUAGGACUACUUGUCGAUCUUAACAUGCGUUCUGUCUCCUCACCUCUAAUCUUUACCGGCAUCGUGACCGCGGUUGACGAAGUGAGUAAGCUUUGUUCUGUCGUCUGGGAGUCGAAUCCUAUGGACUUUUAUUCGCAUUACCGCAUUGGACGUCAUGGCAAAUACGACUUAUCCCUGGUUUUAUGGCUCACAUUCUUGAAAAUUGUGAAUCCUAGACUCUCAUCUUCUAACUUAUUUCCUUGACUUAUUUCCUCGCCUGAAAUGUCGUCGAAGAAAUUCCCCUCCCCGUCAUCCAGGCAACCAACACCAGCAAAUUCUCUUUUUCUAAUACCCACCUCCACUGCCCAUGCACCGGCUCCACUGGUCUGCCAACCUCUAGGUCAGAGGCUCCGACAACAUGAGUUGACUGAAUAUGUUCCGAGGAAGCAAAUCGUAAACCCAGAACAACACGAGACUUUGAAAUAUGCCGUUUACAACAAGCAGCAAGAUCCCAAAGUGUCUUUUCUGGAUGCGCAUCCUGAGUAUCGCAUCAAAGAAGAUAUCUGGGGUCGAUUACGGGCAAAGAAAGCGGGAUACGGCCAUGAUGCGCAGGCAUUCGAGGGCCAUAACAUCUUCGUGCAGACGUGUGUUAGACAUGAAAGUAUUUGGGCAUGACCUGCAUCAUCGACAUCGAGGCAUACGCAAAGCUGGUAGAAGUUGCUUUUAGUUUCAGACUAGAUGACACUUUCCGAUUGCGAUAUUCCGUUUCAGGCUAUUUGACGAAAAGAUACGGAUACCUUACUCGUACUCCUAGAACUAGAUCGAACGAAAUAGAGCCGCGUGAUCAUUGCUCAUCUACUUAGGUAGUAGUUCUAGCUACUAGAGUUUCUGAUGUUUCCGACCAUUCAGUUUCCUUUUUUCCCACGCAUAUUCUGUCACUCAACCGCUUGAUGUCAUGGUUUUUAUUGCUAUCCUGUACAGGAGCGAGUAUUCACUUUCACCACGUCAAUGUGUUCUAUAUUGCGAUGGUCACCGGACCACUGAUAUUAGAAAGAGACUCGUUCUACGCAGACCUUCAAUAUCCCAGCAGGGAAAAACAGCCCAAGCAUGCAACAGCAGAAAUAGAAGCACUGACAGGCAU